AUGAAGCUGGACUCGAUGAGGGCGGCAAACGCGCAACGGGCGAGUGACUUGGACGUGCUCGGGUUCUCCGAGUGCCAGCAGCUGCUUCGCGACCACGGGUCGCUACGUACGCUCGAGGCCCUCAGCAAGGUGGACCUCGCCGUUCUUCUACUCGCCUUCGCUCACAACGAUGCCGAGUGCUGCAAGAAGCUGCUGGAACGUAACCUCUUCGAGGUGAAUCAGCUGAACCCUCACCGCCCGCAUGGCGACGUCGAUCGCUACGACCCUCGAACCGGAGCAUCACUGCAGAUCAACUUCCAAUCCACGCAACUGUCCUCGGUGAGCUGGCGGCGCGCUCGGGCCGGAAUGAUCAAGUCUCUACUUCAUUUCGAGCUCCCAGCUCGCACCGCUCCAGCUGCCCAUGAGACACCGUUCGCGUCAGAGAACUCUCGAGACAGGGGUCCGGUGCCUUUCGGAGAUCCUUAUGGCGACGACGCUCCCUGCUCCCAUCAUCAAGACCGGCUCAUGAGUAUUACGGCUUGUCCUGAGGCUCUUGUUCUCAUUAGCGUCGCGUCACAGUACGCAAACUGGUCAUUCGAGGAGCUACGGGCGUGGGAGACAUGGCGCAAGCUCGUCGUUCAGCUCCGUCCGCAACUCGCCAAGCGGACCGGUAUCAGAGACGCCUAUCUCCAGAGAGGCGUCGUGUCGCCCUUCGACGUUCAGCAGCCGUUCGUCAGCAUCCCUCUCGACCAGCUCCUACCGUGCCUCCCGCCUAGUAGCUCGUCCGACUUCAAGCUCGAGCCGAAUCUCCCUAGCGAAGACGUAGGGCAGGUUCCAGUGCCUGCCUCUGGCGGUGAGUUUGGUGCGAGACGCUUCAGUCACUCGAAGUCGCAACGGAACAGACGUAAGGCGAAGCAUCAGAGGACGAAGAAGAAGGCUGCGAUCCCCUAA